GUCAUUUGGUAAAGAAUUGAAAAGUAAAACACCACUGUAUGAGAGUUUGGUCUUGGAAAGAUUAGAUUUGACAGAUGGUAUUUUGAGAUCAGUAACAGAGGAGCGAGUAUAUACAUCGUGCGAUGCCCCGGAGAAACAAAACAACUCGCGCAGAUCACUAGGAGAU